UGGCUUCCCAAAGACAAAUUGCAUCCUUGGAUGAAAACACUGAAAUGUCAAGUGUGGAAUUCAAAAAGAAAAAAAUGGGGAAAAGCAAGAGGAAGAAGAAACCGAAAGACAAAGAGCCAAAAACUUACGGAGAAGAUGAAACCCUGUUUUAUACACCACCUGAUAAAAGUCAAAAGGAGCUUAAGGAGCUGUUAAUGUCCUAUCACCUACCUGUUGACACUCCUGAUGAUCCAUUUCAAAGACAAAAGUUAACAAGUGCUGCUAAUGUCAUCAGCAAAACCAUGGAAUGGGAAGAAUCAAAACUGGAAUUCCCUCCAUGCUUGAAAACUGCCGCCCAUAAGUAUCUCAUCUGGCAAUGUUGCCCGCUCUGGUUGCAAAUAAAGAAAAUGGUGAAGAAAGUAAUGAUAAAUCCUUUUACUGAACUAUUUAUUACUCUGUGUAUUAUAGUGAAUACUGUUUUAAUGUCAUUCGAAAGAGUUCCAGAAACAGGCAACAUGGUUUCCACAGGAAACAAAGUUUUCACUGCCAUUUUUACAACUGAAAUGAUCCUCAAAAUAAUUGCACUUGAUCCCUACUACUAUUUUCAAGAGGCUUGGAAUAUUUUUGACUCCCUUUUGGCUAUUUUAGGCAUAAUAAGCUUGGUCAAGAGGCUUCCCCUAUCAAUUUUCAGAAUGCUGAGAAUUUUCAAAUUGUCAAAGUUUUGGCCAGCACUGAAUAAACUCAUGAAAAUAAUGUGGAAAUCAGUGGGCCCACUAAGCAACCUCACACUUGUUCUGAUUUUUACCGUAUUCAUUUUUGCUGUGGUUGGCAAGCAGGGCUUUAGCCAAAGUUACAAAACAUUUCGAGAAAGUUGUGAGAACAAAACUGAAAUCUGUAACAGUGGCAGUAUUGAUGCCACCCAUAAAUGUAAAUUACGAUGGCAUAUGGAAGACUUCUUACAUUCAUUCCUUGUUAUAUUCCGAAUUCUUUGUGGAGAAUGGAUUGAAACGAUGUGGGGCUGUAUGAAAGCUGCUGGGGAAGGAUGGUGCAUUCUUCUGUUCAUGCUGGUCCUGCUUUUAGGAAACCUAGUGGUCCUCAACCUCUUUAUCGCUUUGCUGCUGAGUUCCUUUAGUAGCAGUGAGUCAGAAACUGAGGUAGAUGAAGACCAAGCUAAGCCUCAUGUGAUCCUUGCUCACAGGGGGUUGCAAUUUGUCAAACAUCUGCUGUGGAACCGCUGUUGCAGUGCACUUGUGCAAAAGCUGAAGCAAGCAAGAACCAAGACCAAGGAGGUGACCAUCCAAAAGGACGGUGCCACUGAGCCAAGGAAAGGGGUCCAGGAAAACUAUGCUAGUGGUAAACGUUUGGAGAAGCUGCCAGUGGAUCAUUUUAUGACAGACUUUAAUACAUUUGUAUGUGCUCCCCUUGCUGAAAUGGAGUCUUUUGGUGAGGAAGAAAUUGAUUGCAGCAAACAGGUAAGAAACAGGCCCCACAAAUGGACCUUUCUGGAGAACAACUUGCAAAAGAGAAGAGAGAAAUUCAAAAGAUCAAGACAAAGGCUGUCUUCUCAUAUUUCCGAAAGUUCCAGUGUUUGGUCUUUGAAUGUUCCUAAGAGCGUGGAUCGUGAGAGCAGCUGUUCUGAGGCCAGCACAGUAGAUGAGAGGUCUCCCAUCUGCAUUUUGCCUGUAAUCAAGAAGGAGCCUGUGGCCUGUUUUCCACAAGUGUUGGUCAAGUUCUUCCCGUGUUGCACAGUGAAUACUGCUAAAUUUCCAGGCAACACUUGGUGGAGGUUUAGAAAAACCUGCUACAGAAUUGUAAAACAUAGUUGGUUUGAAUCUUUUAUCAUAUUUAUGAUAUUACUGAGCAGUGGUGUUCUGAUCUUUGAAGACAUCUACCUUGCUGAGAGAAAGACCAUAAAAAUCAUACUGGAAUAUGCAGAUAUAUUUUUCUUCUACAUCUUUUUCCUGGAGAUGCUUCUGAAAUGGGUGGCUUAUGGCUUCAGAAAAUAUUUCACCAAUGCUUGGUGUUGGCUUGAUUUCUUUAUUGUAUGUGUUUCCUUUCCUGCAAAAACAAUUGGAACAAAGGGAAGAGAUCUGUGUGAUAGCCGUAUCUCCACAAAAUCUCUCAGAACUUUAAGAGCCCUGAGGCCUCUUCGUGCAUUGUCCAGAUUUAAAGGGAUAAAGGUUGUAGUGAAUGCACUCGCAGGAGCUGUCCCUUCCAUUGGGAAUGUGCUGCUUGUCUGUGUUGUUCUCUGGCUCCCAUUUAACAUCCUAGGAGUACAACUAUUUGGAGGAAAAUUUUCGGAAUGCAGUGAUCCAUCUUUAAAAAAUAAAAAUGUCUGUGAAAGUCAGAAUUCCAAAUGGAUUAAUAAGAAUGUCAACUUUGAUCAUGUUGGGAUGGGGUAUCUGGCUCUCCUCCAGGUGGCAACCUUUAAGGGCUGGAUGGAGAUUAUGUAUGCUGCAGUAGAUGCACCUUCAAAAGAAAAUGAACAGCCAGAGUUUGAAAAUAAUGUAUGGGCAUAUAUCUAUUUUGUGGCUUUUAUCAUAUUUGGAUCAUUCUUCAUGCUAAACCUCUUCAUUGGAGUUGUUAUUGACAAUUUCAACCAACAAAGGAAAAAGCUAGGUGGAGAACUCAUUUUUAUGUCAGAUGAACAGAAGAAAUAUUAUAACGCAUUAAAAAAACUUGGUAGCAAGAAACCACAUAAGCCUGUUCCACGGCCGCAGAACAUGUACCAAGGACUUCUUUUUGACAUUGUAAACAAGAAAGCAUUUGAUAUUUUCAUUAUAAGUCUAAUUUUAUUGAAUGUGGUGAUCAUGGCAGCAGAACAUGAAGAUGAAGGGGAUGCUGUUAAGAACCUUCUUGAAAAUAUAAAUCUUAUAUUUGUCGCCAUCUUUACUGGAGAGUGCAUCAUCAAAAUGUUGGCUUUGAGACUGUAUUUCUUCAAAGACGGUUGGAAUAUAUUUGAUUUUAUGGUUGUGAUUCUUUCAAUACUUAGUUCUGCAGCUGGACAACUUCGAGAAGCACUUGAUUUCCCUCCUACAAUCCUGAGAAUAAUUCGAGUAGCCCGUGUUAGUCGACUACUGAGACUUAUCAGAGGAGCCAGAGGGCUUCGGACCCUCCUUUUUGCAUUACUGAUGUCCCUUCCCUCUCUCACCAACAUUGGGCUUCUCCUUUUUCUGAUCAUGUUUAUUUAUGCUAUUUUUGGUAUGUCUAACUUUGCCUGUGCAAGUUGGCAAGGUGGGAUUGACAACAUUUUCAACUUCCAAACCUUUGGCAGCAGUAUGCUUUGUCUCUUCCAAAUAACAACAUCUGCUGGCUGGCAUGACCUUCUCAACCCAAUGCUGAACACUGACAACAUCACUUGUGCUCCCAAUUUAGGUGGAAAUGCUCCCUGCGUAAACAGGAGUGUGGCAAUUGCCUAUUUUGUAAGCUACAUCAUUAUAUCAUUCCUCAUUGUAGUUAACAUGUACAUUGCUGUCAUCAUAGAGAACUUGAAUGUUGCCACGGAGGAAAGCACAGAACCUCUAGGUGAUGAUGAUUUUGAAAUUUUUUAUGAGAUUUGGGCAAAAUUUGAUCCUCGCGCAACCCAAUUUAUUUCUUACUUCGCACUUUCAGACUUUGCUGAUGCUCUAGCAGAACCUUUACGCAUACCCAAACCAAACAGGCAACAGCUGAUGUUAAUGGACCUCCCUAUGGUAAACGGAAAUAAAAUCCACUGCUUGGAUAUUUUGUUUGCUUUUACCAAAAGAGUAUUGGGAGAAUAUGGGGACAUGGGUCCACUUGAGACCCAGAUAGAAGAAAAGUAUCCAGAGAAGAUUGCCAAUGAACCCAUUGUAACAACUCCCAAGCGGAAAGAGGAGGAAUCUGCUGCUAUUAUCCAGAGGGCUUUCAGGAUGUAUCUCCUUCACCGUGCAGUGAAAGAAGUCUGUCAGGAAACCUGCAACAGCACCCCCUUGGAAUGCAUACAUGAGGAGGAAGGUGCCUCUGCAUUCACACUUAGUGAAAACGAAGACAGUCAGUCAAGUAACUCCCACAGUCCAUCUCCCGUAUCUAUUCCUCCAUCUUACAGUAAUGUCACAGGCACUACUAAUGACAUUCUUAUAGUGAAGAUCACAGACACUAGUGAACCCAAGUGAUUUACAGUUCGCUAUUUUUCUUGUCACAAUAUAAUUUUCCAGGAAGUGUAAUACUACAAAAAUAUUUCCAUCGCUAUA